AUGGCGUCGGCCAGGCUGUGGCUCUUAGAGAUGGGCCUAAUCCGCCCUCGCUCGGGCCCCAGCCCCCGCCCCACCACCACCAGAGCACCCUCAAUCGCACCGGACCGCACCCAUCAAACGCUCGGCAUUCUCUCCUUCGAGACUGCAAAAGCCAUGUCCCGCCUCCUCGCCCUCUACUCCUCCCUCAGCGACGAACAAUUCCAUUACCUCCGCUUCUCCGUCUUCCGCACUGAAGGCGUUGCCCACCUCAACUCCCGCGACGAAGGCUUCCUAAUCCAUCUCGUUUGCAUCGAGAAGCUCGAGGACCUCGACCGCGCAGCGGCCGCCAUAUCCCGCCUCGGCACGAAAUGCGGCAGGCCUGAGCUGCGGCGAUUUGAUAAGAUCUACGCCGAAUUGAAGCUAGGUACCAUCGAUUUCUCAAAAUCAAUGAUACCCAUCAAGAAACUCGACCGGAAGAUCGCGAAAAUGGAGAAAUUUGUGUCGGCGACCUCGGGUCUCUACUCGGGUCUCGAGCUUUUGGCUGAGUUAGAGGUCUCGGAACGGAAGUUGCAGUUUUGGAAGAGUUAUAGCGGGCCAUUAUCUCUGCACAAGCCGAAUUCUGGUCUUUUCGAUGAGAAGUUGGCAUGGCAGCGGCGGCAUGUGAAGCGAAUGCGAGCAGCGUCGCUCUGGAAUCAGCCUUUCGAUGACACCGUCCAGCUCAUGGCUCGGAUGGUUUGUAACGUUUUCGCACGGAUUUGUAUCCUUUUCGGCCCAUACUUUUCAGAUCUGCCACAGGUUCUGUUGGAUCGGAACAUGGUUUUUGUAAUUUCUUCGCAGAAAUUACAGCCACAGAGAGUUCUUCCGAUCCAUGCUUCUGGGCCGCUGGAAAGAUUUGUGGCGAGAGGUGUAAUUUCUGGGAAUUUCGGUUCUAAUUCAAAGAACCACGUCUUCGGGAGCGAAAAAUUCUGGAAGAGGGAGAAGGCGGGAUCCACAAUUCCAAUUCAAGAAAUCAGUUUUGGGUUGUGUUUGGAUGGGAGCCGGAGGAGGAUUGUUAGAAAGAGGAAGCGGAUUAUGGCGGAACCGUCGGUGAUGACGGUUGGUUUUGCGGCACUUGCGUUGCAGUAUGCGAGAGUGAUAAUCAUGGCUGAGAAAAUUCUGAAUUUGCCAGACGCAACUGAUGGCGAUUUGAGGGAGGAGCUGUAUCAGAAGCUGCCGUUGAGCAUGCGGAAAUCGACGAAGGCGAAGAUGAGGGGGUUCAUCGCUGGUACAGCGCAGGCGCCUGACCAGUCUUUCAUGGAUGGAUUGAAUGAGGAGGUGAGGAGGAAAUUGGGGUGGCUGGUGCCGAUGGCUCGUGAUACGAUGCAAUGGCAGGCGGAGAGGAAUUUCGAGCGGCAGCAGUUUGAUCUGAGGCCGACGGUCUUGUUGCUGCAGACGCUGUAUUUUUCUGAUAGGAAGAAGACGGAGGAGGCGAUUGUGGAGGUGUUGGUGGGACUCAGCUGCAUUUUUCUGUACAAGAGUCGAUGUCCGGUCGGCGAUGGAGGAGAAUGGAAAGGAAUGAAAGGCAAUGAGAAGGGUGGCAUUGAGAGUGGAUCUGGGGCGGAUCAGGUCGGGCAUCGUCCGGCCCAUUUACUCAUUGGACCUGAUUUGGGAGAUGGUUUGGUCCGUUAG